AAAUCAUAUUUUCAGAAAUACUAAAUUUAAAUUCACGGAUUAAUAUUUAUAUAAUAUACAGUAUAAUACUAUAUUCUAUAAUAAUAUUACAAAAAAAAAAAAAAAAUAGACUAAAACUAAGCCUGCAAGAAAUAUGAAUAUUUUAUACUUGAAGUCGUGUGUAACAGAAUAAAUUGAAUUUAGUUUAAUAUAUCUAGUCUGUGAAAGAUGAAAUGAUACAAUACAUAACUACAGUCUUAUGAAAUAAAUAAAAAUUAAAUAGGUAGGCAUUGAAGUAAAGUAUAAUUAAAAUUUUCAAAAUAAUGUCUCGAAACCAAAUAUCUAUACAUCCAGUUAAUGGACAUCAAGAGAAAGGAGCUAAGAACAUUUUGGCUCACCUGCCGCAUUAUUGUUUACCAGGCUUAAAUACAUAUUUGCUGAGUAAUAUCAAAAACAGCAAUGAAGCUAUUCAAUUUUAUUCUGUACCUGAUCGUUUCAACCUACCAGUACCAUGUAUUACAUUGACAAAUAUCGAACCAAAAAUUAAUGCAGUUUUGGAUAUGAUUAAUUUAAAAUCUCAAUGGAAACGUGAAAAUGAAAAAUUACUAGAAUUAUGCCAAAAAAAAUUAAGUUUAGAUACUUUGAAUUCUGUAAAAACAACUUUAAAUUCAAAAAAACCAACUAUGUAUUCAAAAAUUCCACAUGUUUUAACUCGUUUUACUUCAAAUUUGAUGACAAAUCCUGAUCAAUAUUUUGAUUCUGAAUAUAAUUGGUAUUUUGGCAAUACUAUUGAAAAAUUUCAAAUUAAUGGACAAUGGGUAUUAGCUUGUGCUAGAGGAGUAAACCUCGAUAUUUUAGAUAUUAUAUCAAUUUGUGAUAAUAAAUUUGAAUUAAUUCAAAGUAAGAACGAUAAACUUUUUAGAAAUCCAAUAUUCGACAUAAAAUCUUCAAUUUUAAACGAUUUAAUGAUUCGCCAAAAAACCAAAUUAUUUAUGUUUUGUAAUAAUUCUGAUUCAGAACCUAUUUUAAAAAACUAUUCAGUUUAUGAUAACUGUGAUAUACCGUUUGCUGAUGCUGAUAUGAUGGCUAAUAAUUUUUGUACUGCCGAUGUAAAACAUUUUAUUAAAUUAUGGAAAGAUGGAAAUUGUGUUCAAAACAAGUAUUUUGAUGCGAUGUAUGAUCAAACUGAUUCUUUUAUACAUUUAAAUUAUUUACAAAAUAAAAACAAUUUAAUUGGUGUUAUCGAUAGACAAAAAUUCUACUUAUUAGAUACUCGGAUUGAUAUUUCUAAACCUUGCUCUAUUUAUGAUCCAACUACUUUUAUAGAAUCAUGCGAAGAAUUAACAACAUUAAGUAGCAGUUGUUUAAAUAGUGAUAGUAUUUAUGUAACUUCCAACCAUUCUGUUUUAACAUUUGAUAAUAGAAUGGGAUUUGUAAAUAAAUCAUAUCACAUGCUCUCAAAUCCUCCAUCUCUAAUUAAUGUACAUCGUUAUGAAAAGAACUUUGAUUCAUGUGAAAUGUUGAUUUUGGGAAAUCAAACGAGUGAAAGCCUUAUUUCUUUACCUUACACUUCAUAUCCAGAUAACAUUCUAUUGUGUCAGAGUAUUGCAUCAUCAAUUCCAAAUCCAUUACAAUCAUUACAUAAUGUUCAACUUCAAGGGUAUUGCUUAAAUCCAUUAUUAUUUGAUAGAUUUUCACGGUGUUUAACUGGUACUACUGUUAUCGGUGAACAUAUUAAAGAUUUAAAACUAUACAGUAUUAAUUCUGCUGGAGAUUUAUUUGUUCAAAAAUUAAAUGAUAGUACUCCAAUAGACGUGACUGAGUUUAAUAAAAAUAUUACCAUAAAACCUCAAACUAUUCCAAAGCUAAAUUAUUCAUGUAUAUUUGAUAUGAGUAAUCUUUGGAAAUUAGAACCAUCAGACAUACACAAAGAAAUCAAUAUUAAAAAGAAUAAUUUUUGGAAUAUGUCAAAAGAAAAGAUGUUAUCAUAUGUAGACCAUCUAGCUCCAAUAAUAUUAUCCCCGUGGGAUAUAGAUGACUUAUCUGAAUGGGAAAAUGAAGAUGAGAAUGCUGAUGUUAAUGAUGAUUCUGACUGUGACUAUGCGACUAAAGUGAACUUUUGGUUUAAUAAAAAUGAUACAUUGUUGGGGUCAGCAGAAUCAAAAGUAUCAAAUUCAGAGCCAAUCAAUGAUAAUCCACCAACUAAUAUUUUAUCUCAAGCUACUACUUCAAAAACUGUUCCAUCAUCAGAAAAUGAUGAUGAUUCUAGUUCAGGGUUUACAGUUUCUUUAAAAUCUGAAGACAGUCAAUAACCAUCUUACGUAUUAUGUUUUUAUAUUUUAAUCAGUAAUGUAAUAUUUAAACUAUAUAAUUAUACAUUAAAAAUAAUAGCCAAUUUAAUUUAUUUAAUGAAGGUAUAUGUAAUGCAUUUAAAUUUUUAUCAAUUUUCGAUUAAAAUUAGAAACUAAAAAUAUUCUAAAAAAAAGUUUUGAAAAGUAUCCUAACGUGUAUUAUAACAUGUAAUUUUUAAAUACUUUUAUGUAUGUGUAAAAAAUCAUACUUACAUUUUAUUAAUUGAUUAAAAUAUUGAAUUUUUGUAUUAUUAUUGUUGUAAAAAUAAUAAUCAGAUAACUGUUGUA